UGAUGGCGGAUGAAGGCGCCCUUCCUCCUCCUCCACCUCGGCCUAGGCCAAGACCGACAAUUCUGGGGCGAGAUACUGGUCCUGACAAUGCAGGCCUAGCCAGACCAGCUCCUCCACCCCCUCCUGGGGUGAGAGCGCCACCUGUCCCUCGGAGGUCCGCAUCUCUGGAUAAAACAGAUGAUGCGUCUUUGUUUCAACUUCCUCCACCCCCAAAGGUGAUGACAAAGCCAGCCAUCCUGGGCAGUAAGCCAAGCUCUACUAGUACAAAGAGGGGGAAGAUAGAAAUCCAAGUUUUAGAUGCUCGUCCAAUGAGCGAAGUGGGCUUCCGCGCUAAUGUCCCAAAAAUGAGUGGCGGUGACUCAGCGCUGAAGAGUCCUCAGUCACCAAACCUACUCAUUGACUUCGAUAGCGACUUUACAUCGGCGCCGCCUUCGAAACCAUCGCCGCCAGAAAAACCUGUCAAUGGUCGCCCGGGACCUGCGCCGGCACGCCCGACAUUUACCAAGACUUCACCGAUCUCACCAGGACCAAAGUCUAAGCCAGAGGUUGGAGCAAAGGUUGGAUCCUUGAUUGACAUAGAUCUGGAGACUGAGUCAGUGCCAGCUCCAGUCCGCAGAUCAAGGAGCCCAGGUCCUGCAAGACCUACAAGUCAGCCCCGGGGACGAAGUCCAUCUCCUAAACCGCCAAGACCCGCUCCUCCUCGACCUUCAAGCCCUGCACCGAAAACAAGAGGCCCGCCAAGACCGAGGAGUCCGUCGCCUAACCCUCAUGGGGCACCACCACGGCCCAGGAGUCCCUCACCGCGGCCCCCAGGAGGCAGACCUGCUCCUCCGCGACCGAGCAGCCAGUGCCCUGUGAGGCCUGUAUCAUCAGUAAAUGCCCCAUCCCCGGACAAUCAAGACACGGAAGUCAUCGAUAACUUAGUGAAUGAAAAAUUAAUAAAGAUGAACGAACCAGUGAAACCAAAACCAAUCGGGUCUAAACCUACCAUCAUUCGGGCAAAGCCUCCCGAUCCUUUCCAACAACCAAAGUCACCAGACGAACCUCUCCUGUCUGGUCAAGGUCAGGGUCAAGGUCGUGUUAUACGGAAAACAACAAUAACAACAUCAACAACGACGGUCAGGAAAGAACAGAAGUGUCCACAGCCGUUUAUUGGCGGAUUUGGUUUGAUUGGUUUAGCAGCCGGAGCGACCGCUGCUGUUGUUGCUGCCGGUGCAGCGCCCCCUGAAGAGAAGAAAGUAAGUAAACCUGUCGUUACGCAGAGAGUAAGCUUACCGGCUGGGAUAGCAACCAAUGAGAAUACGAAACCACAGGAGACGGAAAGAAAAUCACGACCGACGGUUAUUCGGCCGACACCAAAACAAAGGACGUCGCCGGUGACGUCGCCAGGAGAAAAGAAACCUAGCGAAGAUUUGAACGAUUUGGCCGAAUCGUUUGAGAACAAGCAGAAUGAGUCCCGAGUCCAAGAAGUCAAGAAUGUGAAUAGGCCGUCAAGUUUAAACCCUGCAGAGAUUGGCCAGAAGAAGGCUGUACCUCUCCUUGCUCCUGCCCCAAAGAAAAAGAUGCCUCCUCCCCCGAGACCAACAGGGGGUCCUACUAAACCUACUGCCCCUAAACCUAAAAUCUCGGUCACUGGACCGCCGCGACCCAAGCUGCCCGGGCGGCCAAAGCCGGGUCACCCGCUAUAUCACUACAUGGUCAAAGGCCAACCUCAUGGAAAGGCGAAAUUUGACUACACCGGCCAGCAGCAUGAUGAGUUAUCAUUUAAGAAAGAUGACUUGAUAGUCUUGGUGCGGCGAAUGGAUGCAGAAUGGCUGGUGGGCAAGCUUGGAGACAGUGAGGGGAUGUUCCCUCAAGAUUUUAUCAAAGUUAUCGAACCUUUACCGGGAGAAAACACUGGACCACAGGCAGCGACCAUAGAACAUCCAACAUGGGAUGAUGCGGCUGAAGAAAAACCCGACAACGGCGUUGGUCCGAGAUGCCGGGCCAGGUUUGACUACGAGGGCGAAAGUGCCGACGACUUGUCAUUUGAGGACGGCGAUAUCAUCCAGCUCGUAGACCGAGUUGGGGACGAAUGGUUAAAAGGGAACGUCAAUGGAAAAACCGGGCUGUUCCCGUUGGCGUUUGUGGAAAUUAUCGAGGAUCUCCCGGCUACUGGUGCAGCUGGGGCUAAUGAUUGGCCGGUGGAUUCUGCAGACGGGACGGAUGAUAACACUGCCGAUGUUUUGUACGAUUUUGAUGGACAGGAUGGGGACCUGUCACUGAAGGCUGGUGACAAAGUGCAUGUUUUGAGUCAAGUUUCUGCUGAAUGGCUGCACGGAGAGUGUGCUGGAAAACGGGGGACGUUUCCCGCUAAUUUUAUCGAUCGUGUCCCAUCGAAUCUACCUCCUUGUGUGCCUAGUGAACCUGCUGUGCCGGUCGCAGCGGUCGCUCAACAAACAACGCAAUUUUUACAGCCUCCAGAGCCUUCAUCGACCAGAGAUGCCCACUGUAUUGGCCGGUAUGACUUCCAGGGCGAGGCCGAAGGUGACUUAUCAUUCCAAACAGGCGACAGGAUCGCACUGAUUGGGAAAGUAGGAGACGAUUGGCUGAGAGGGAAGUUGAACGGGCGCGACGGUAUAUUCCCGACCGAUUUUGUGGAGAUUAUUGUUGAUUUACCAGAAGAUGAUCUUCCGACCCCAGCGUCUGACAUUCACAGCCCGGGCAGCCCUGAGAUGCCCACGGAUGAUGAUCUGCCCAAGGCAACGGCCCUCUACGACUUCCAAGGCGACCAAGAGGAAUUAUCAUUUGCGACGGGCGAUAUGAUCGUUCUACUUGACAAGAUCGACGACGAUUGGAUGGUUGGCGAAUGCCAUGACGUGAUUGGACGAUUUCCGACGGCAUUUGUUGAAAUCCUCACUCCACUACCUUGAUAUUGUUCUGCAAGUUGACAAGGAUUCAAGAUGUUAUAGGAUACCAGUUGUGUCUUCAACAGAGGGUUUCAAUAUUUUCUGAAAUAGCGUUAUCAUUUUCUUCAAAUUGCUGGGUAAUUGACAAAGUUGUUGAAAUGAGAACAGAAUUGCUGAUCAGGGGACCCUUCCAAUCGAGGUUGCAACCUCGUCGCAUUUAGUUUUAUUUGUUUUGAAUAAAAUAUUGAGUUGAGAGGUGAGCGUCAACAAGGACAUUGACAGCUCUAUAAACAAUACUGGGUGAUUGUAAUGUAAGUAGGUGGAAACCUACGCUGUCGUAAGAGAGUCGCCCUGUCUCUCAUAUGAGUGUGCCGGGACCGACCGGAUUGAACCCGGGACCUCCAGAGGUGACAGACGCUGAUGUUACCACUAUGCCACUCCGAUAGCCCCAAGUUUAUAUUGUCUUCCUCUUGGAACAGAGAGACACCAAGUUAGAAUGAGUCACUUAACAAAUUAUUCAAGGUAGAUGACAUAUCUAUGGACCGUGAAUGUAAUUUCCAUUAAUUUGAAUGAUAAAUACAUGUAUAUGCAUUUAUUGAUUAUAACCAGUGAAACAAAAUGAUGACAGAAAGAAAGCCAAAUGAACAAUAAUUCACAAUAAUCUAUUGGUCACAGUGAUUCAGAAUGUAUGAGUAAUAUGUUCUCUGUGCAUGCUUCUAUAUUUAUCAUUCUACGUCGACAUUUCUCUUGAUGUGUAAUGUUUAUCGUCAAAGAAAGGUAGAAUAAUCAUAUUCCUCUUUAAAUGGUUUUAUUUUUGUGAAAAAAAAUGGUGGUCUUCAUCAUAGAGUUGAAGUGCCUUAAUCAUGAACAAGUAUUUUUCUCAUUGUUAGUACUGAGUAUUCCAUGCUAGUACUGAGUAUUCCAUGCUAGUACUGAGUAUUCAAACUCAGUACUGAGUAUUCCAUGCUAGUACUGAAUACUCAAUGUUAGUACUGAGUAUUCCAUGUAAGUAUUGAGUAUUCAAACUUAGUACUGAGUAUUCCAUGCUAGUACUGAAUACUCAAUGUUAGUACUGAGUAUUCCAUGUAAGUACUGAGUAUGCAAUCAUGUUAGAAUUGUGUAGAUCUAUUGAGUACUCCUUGUUAGAGAGUACUCCAUGUGGGAUUUUCCUUUUCCAGUCAAUUAAAAUGCAAUAGAAAAAGAAUAUUCUUGGACGUAGGGAGUAAUCUUGAAAAGUAGAACGGCUUCUAUUUAUUGGUUUUCAUUGUUGUGCCACUGGUGGUGUACUUAAAUUUGACUGUUCUAUUAGUUGAGUGAAACCCUGUGGAAAUCAGGAGAAGCAGAUAUAAAUUGGGAAAUGUUGUGAUAUGUGGAAGGAAAGUAGUUUAGAAAACCCCCGUUAUCGGUCGUUGUAAAUGUUGUUCACAAAUCAACGAAUCAUGUGACUAGAAAUCGUUAUAAUUUUCUGUGAUAUAUAAUUUAUUUGAGUUUUUCUUUGCAGCGCAGGGUUGGUAUGUUUCGAAUCUUCUUAAGUUUAACCAACAAUAAUAAGCUAAUUAACUUGUGUGUAGUUGCAUAGUUGCCAUGACAACGUGUUGCUGGCUCUAUUAGCUUUUAGCGCAAAAAUUGGUCAGACAUUCUUGGUCGUUUUGUGUCUUUAUUGAUGUGUUAUGACUGUUACAACCAGUUCCAACUCUUGAUGUAUCAUGCAAACGCUCUUACUGCCUUUGGAGGAGAAAUACUCCCUUGAGAGGAAAGCCUCCAAGUGGAGAGCAAAUAGUGAAGAAGAAGACUUAUUUUGCUGAGCAGUGUCUAAAACCACAUUCCACUUACUGGCCACAAUCCACAUACGAGCUGUUUUCCAAUAUUGCGUUCCAGAUGCCAUUUGAAUCUUAUAUGGAACUGAAUCUUUAAAAUAGGGAAUGUGGAUGUAACUGGAAUGUGAUUUUAGACACUGCCAUUUUGCUGUGCUUAUGCCUGUCUGAUAAAUACGUCAGUCUCUUUUGGAUCUCAAGAUGAUGUUACAUAAUGUACCUGUUAGUGAUAUCGAUGCAAUAGUCAGUUUAAAAAAAUAUGCAUGUUCGGUUCAUCUCCGGGUUGCCAGGAUAGAAUUUCGCUGUUGUCCAUUCAUGCAUGUUGUCCUCUAAGAUUUGAUCUAAAUGGUGUUAACUGUAAAAUGUGUGAACUUGUUUUUUCUGGAGGUGAACUUGUGAUAAGUUUAUAGUGAUAGGAUUUUUAAAUAAUUUUUUGAGGUGAAAGUAGUAUGCUAAGUGUGCUAUUGUGUAAAACAUUGCCCAGUCUAAAGCUCAAGCACAAGGUUUGACACUGGAUGACUUGAUUGAUCAACCUUUCUGGCCGUGUAGUUCUUCACAUCCUUCUUUGCUUCAUCGGGACAUCAUCACACCAAUAGGGAGACGUCCUUGAGGGCCACAGCAAACCAGCAAAAGAAAGACCGCAUGGUGGCGUUGUUCUUUUAUCCUUUGUGCCCAUAUUAGGUUUGUUUUGACUUUGAAUGAUCACCUUCGACUGGGGCGAUGAUGUCUCUUCCUGCAGCAUUCACAAACUGCUCCAGAAUUCUAUUUUGAUGGCUUUUUCGCUUAUUGGUAACUUAUGGCAUUAUGAGUAUUUAUCUUGCUUCUAUCAUAUAUUUUCUUUAUUUACAGUGCUGGUGUCUUUUACCAAUAAUAUAUAAGGCGAGCUUAUAUAUUUUGCUAUUACCUAUAACUUCAGUCAUUGUAUAUAUAGCUACAGAGUUUCUAUUUGUGUACACUUCUGGAUGUAUCCUGGUAGUGCCCUCUAUACAGGAACCCUGUACCAGCCACAAACUUUCCCUACUUCUCCUUAUUUAAAGAGACUAUAGGCAGGAGCUGG